AUUCACGUGUAUUUCAACGGAACAACAUACAAAACCAAAACGGUUGCAAUCGUUUUGUUAAUAAAAUUUCAAAUUAUUCAAUAAAAAGCAAAAUUAAAGCCCAAGGAAAGUCAAGGUCCAAGUGUAGAAUAUGUCUUCCUCCUUUUUUCUAAAGAAAGAGCCCAAAAAUAAUAAAAAGCGAAAGUUCCAAGGUGGCCCCACAGGUGCAGGCGCCAAAGGUAAAAAUAAAGGCAAAAACAUCCAAGAUAAUCCACCUGUCAAGAAAAAACCCCAAAAAGAUGAUGAAGAGAUAGCCAGUGACAGUGAAUAUGAGAGUGGUCUGGAAGGUGAAGGUGCUCCCAAUUUGGUAUUUUCAUCAGAUGAAGCCGAGGAGGAAACACCUCAAGACAAAAGACUGCGUUUGGCCAAGAAAUAUCUUGAAGAAAUUGAAAAACAGGAGGCGGAGAAAGCCGAAGAUCAAGAAAUUCAUGACCAUGUUUCACAUCGCCUACAGACAGAGUAUUUGGAUAGUGUGGGGAAAUUGAGAAGAAAUAUUGCAGCCUCCAUAGAAGGUUACGAUACCGAGAACAUAGUCAAAUUGAAACACAAGAAGCAACAUUUGCCUUUGUGUUCUCUAGCCUUAUCACCAGAUGGUGAAUAUUUAUUUUCGGGAGCCAAAACUCAAUUUGUGCUAAAAUGGAAUUUGAAAACUUCACGUGUUGAGGGAGCAUUUAAUGUACAACCACAUAAUGAAGAUAAAAAUACCGAUAUUAAGAGAAGGUCACAGGUUAUAGCAUUAUGUAUUUCCUCGGAUUUUCGUUAUUUAGCCUUAGCCGAUGGCGGUUACACCAUUCAGGUGUGGUGUCCCAAAGAACUGAAACAUUUGAAAACCUUCCAUGGGCAUCGCGAUGUAGUGACAUCAUUGGUGUUUCGUCGUGAUACGCAUGAAUUGUAUUCAGCUUCGCGAGAUAGAUCGGUAAAAAUAUGGUCUUUGGAUGAAAUGGCCUAUGUGGAGAGUUUAUUUGGUCACCAGGCCCAUGUCACUGGCAUAGAUGCCUUAUCCCGCGAACGUGCUAUUACCUCCGGAGGUUCUGAUUGUACUCUUAGAAUCUGGAAGAUUACCGAAGAGUCCCAGCUUAUUUAUAAUGGACAUAGUGAUAGCAUUGAGUGUGUUAAAUUUUUAAAUGAUGAAAAUUUCAUAUCAGGAGGCACGGAUGGGUCAAUAGGUCUUUGGAAUGCUUUGAAGAAAAAACCUCUGCAUACCGCAACGCUGACACAUGGUGUUCAAUCAAAUGGGGAAUCUAAUUGGAUAACAGCUUUGACGUGUGUAGUGAAUACAGAUUUAGUGGCUUCCGGUUCCUGUGAUGGCUUCAUACGUCUAUGGCAGUGUGCUGAAAACUUUCGUAAGCUAAAGCUUCUAUUACAAAUUCCCGUUGAUGGUUUUGUCAAUAGUUUAGUCUUUAAUUCGGAUGGCACAAAACUCUAUGCUGCAGUGGGCCAAGAACAUCGUUGGGGUCGUUGGUGGCGUAUGAGUGAAGCUAAAAAUUCAAUCAUGGUCAUUGACUUGCUGAGAUCUACAACAGAGGCGACCACAUCUGGGAAAAGUAAAACUAAAUGAUAAUGACACAUUAGUUAUGGAUAUUUGUAAAGAUUUGUUGUUAGAAACAAAACGCAAAGUUGUUUUAUAAAAAAACAAGCUAUUAUUAAGUCGUUGUCAAAUUGUAGAGAAAAACAAAUUUUAUAAAAAAAAGAAAAUAAAGUUACUAUUU